AUGGUCUGUGAAAAAUAUACAAAAAGCGUUGUAAAUCUUUAUAAGGACCUACACGGCGCGUAUUGUGUUGUUUUAAUGAAAAAGCUAAUGGUAGAAAUGGAUGGUGAACCUGAGCAUGCAUCUGCAGAAACUGAAAAUGCUACAAAGCCUCCUGAAGAAUCGGUUCAGGAGAAAGUAGAAGAGGACACUAUUACCGCUCCAAACCCUCCUUCUGCUGAAAUGGUUAAAGCUGCCCAAGAAGAUGUCUUACAAUUAGAUGUUUUGGUUUGUGGAAAAUGUCAAAAUGUUUAUCACUUUAUAGAAGCAUUUAGUGAACAUAAAAAUUCAAAUGAAUGUGACUUGGAAACACAAAUUUUUAAAAGUAAUACUAAUGAUUCGACUCCUCAGUUGUGGGGGUUUCUAUUGUGGAAAGCAUCAAGGACCAAAGACAUUGGUAAUCAAUCAUCUCCAGAUUGGGCAUCAAGUUCUUGGAACCUUUAUCAAAGAUGGUGUAAACUAUCUGAAGAGGUUCGAAAAACAUGGAUACAAGCAGGAAAGUCACUUAAAAAUCUUACGGAAAUAAGUAGAGCAAAGUUAGAUACUCAAAGUACAAAUUCAAAUAAGAUAAACAAGCCCUUAAAGACUACAAUGACACCCCAACAAAUUCAACAACACAGACAAACAUUGUUAGAGUUAAGAAAAGAGUUAGAAGAUGAUGAAACUGAAAUGAUGUCUACACUUGGUCUAAUACGAGGACCAAAAUCAGCUGCUGAAGGAAAAGGAAAGAAAGUUAACGAAAAAGAAUCCCUAGCAGCAAAAGAAAAUGAUGUAAUUAAAGCUUCUACAAACAAAAUAAUAAGAAAAUCACUCAAACCUAAAGAAGAUGGAGAAGAAUCAGAAGAAGAAGAAUAUGUUGUGGAAAAAAUAGUUGCUAAAAGAGUCAAUCCGAAAACAAAAAAACCUGAAUAUUUAUUAAAAUGGGAAGGUUUUCCAUCAGAUCAAAAUACUUGGGAGCCGUUACAAAACAUGGGUACAUGUACAAAGUUAGUUCAAGAGUUUGAAAGGAACUUGGCUCGGCAGAAAGCGAGAAAAGCGUUAGAAGCAUCUAAAAUAUCUAAAAAUGUAAUAAAAAUUGAAGAAUUGGUUCAGAAUUCUACUCCAACUAAGCAAGUAUCAUAUGCAAGUACGAGACCCAUAAGAACAAGCGCAAAGAAAGCUCUUGAUCACUUUAAAGAAUGGGUUAAUAUAGGGACGAAAAGAAAAUAUGAAUCGGAAGAAGAUAGCGACGCAGACGAUCCAAAACCUAAAAAACAAGACACGCAAGAUCUCACGAAUUUGUUUAAAAAAAAAAUAUUAGGGAAUUCAAACUCUAAAACGCCAGUUCUUGUCGCCAAUUCAAAAGGAGUUGUACGAGUUGAUCCUGAACAAGUGCCGAAUCUCUCAUCUGGUGUAUAUAUUUUAUCAUCUCAGUCUGGUUUGAUUAAAGUUGAUGAUCCGACAGCGCAAAAAUUAACGGAAGCAAUGAAAACGGAGGGUAAAAAAUUCACGGAAUCAUCAAAUUCAAAAGUUAUGAUAAACGAAACAGAAAUCAGAAAAAUACCAGCUAAAAGCGUGCAGCCUAAAAUAAGACUAUAUAAAAGGGAUCAACAACAGUCGGGGAUAGUGAAAAAAGACAGUACAUUGUCACCAUCAGUAAAAAUAAUACAAAAAAGUAGCAUGAACAAGCUUCCUUUGCCUUUAAGAUUAACCUCACCUAAAAUAAAUCAGCAACAAAUUAUAUCUAAAAUAGGUUCUCCGAAAACAAUGUCAACUCCAAAACAAAUUGUAUUGGGACAGAAGAAAAUGCGUCCGCUCCCGGGUCCCAUACCUAGCCCAUUACGACCGCCAAUAUUGAAACCUAAAGUUACUAUAAGAACAGCUCCAACCACAGUUAAAAAGCAAACGCAAGUUAGACUGGGAAAUUUUUUAAAUAAAGGAAAUAAAGAUAGACUUUCAACGGAUAAAUUUUCCGACGAUGAUUUUGACGGUGGAUUACCGGAUGAAUUUCCAAAAGAAGACGAACCCAUAGCUCCACCCAGCCCCACACGUCCUUUAACCCUAUGUCCUCUUACUGGUGAAGUUUUAGUAAUAUGGAUCGGGUUUUAUAAUAAUGGAUUAUUUUACGUCACGAUAGGAAAAGCGGAAGGAGAAAAGACGCCUCCUACCGAGGAAGAAAACAUUCUUCCCGAAAUCGAAGACGACGGAAUGAUGAGGGUAGAAAUGAGUCCGGGUGGUACUAUUAGACAAAUUAUAAGCAAACCCCAACAGAGCACCAUACAGCAACAGAGAAAACAACAAUCAAUCCUUCAAAAAAAACAACAACAGCAAACAGUUGCAAAAGUUCGAACGACGAAUGAAUGCAUGGAGAGUGCAGAACAAGAAUUAAUAUCGAUAGAAGGAGAAGAUGGUAUUAUUUAUCAAAUGACUCCAGAACAGCAGCAAAUGCUCAUUAAUAAUGGCACAUUCAGAGUAGAUAGUAGAGUUGUACAAGACGAGAAUACAAUAGAAUCUGAAAACACUGAAAUCGUCAUAAGAAACGGUCAAAUCAUCCAAAGAACGAUUCAAGGAAACGGCGAUGAAAAUUCUCAAGACGGAAGUACAAUUUUAAUGCAAAAUGAAUCUUCCAACGACCAAAUAAUUUUACAAACCAGUGAAGGUGGAGUGUAUAUGACUCAGGACGGGGACGGAGGUGGUGAAACGGUUUUAACGUUAGAUUCUGCUGUGCAAGAAGCCGUGGCAAGCGGAGCACCAAUAGCAGAAGAAGUUACUGAAGAAACUGAGGAAGCGACCGAAGAUGGACAACAAAUGGUGGCACAAAUAGUACAGGCAGAACCCCCAACUCCGGGUGGUGGGCCGAGAAAAGUUGUCUUGCUUUUGCCCGAUGGGAGUCUCAUUCACACCGAAAUGGAUGAAGAACAGUAUCAAGCAUUGGAAUUUGAAAAGUAA